UUCCAUAUGAUUGCUCCCUAGCUACAACCUACAAAGGGAGGGAAGAAAGAGGAAGGAAGGAGAAGAUCGAUGAUCAUGAGCUGCAAGGAAGAAAAGAUGAUGAUGAUGAGUAGUAGUAGUACUAGUAAGGAAGGUGAAGUUGCAAUAUUGCCAGGAUUUCGGUUCCAUCCAACUGAUGAAGAGCUUGUUGGGUUUUAUCUUCGCCGGAAGGUUGAGAAGAAACCCAUCGCUAUUGAACUCAUCCAACAGAUCGAUAUCUACAAAUACGAUCCAUGGGAUCUUCCAAAAGGCAAUAAUAGCAGCAGCAGUGUGAAAGAGUUGGAGUGGUACUUCUACUGCAAAAGAGGGAGAAAGUAUAGGAACAGCAUAAGACCCAACAGAGUGACGGGGUCUGGGUUUUGGAAAGCCACUGGCAUCGACAAACCGGUCUACUCGGCGGGAGGAGAAUGCAUUGGCCUCAAGAAAACAUUAGUUUACUACCGCGGGAGUGCAGGAAAAGGCCUCAAAACUGAUUGGAUGAUGCACGAGUUUCGCCUUCCUCCCAAACACGACGGCGCCACCAAUCUUGCCGAUGCCAAAAAUACUGUCCAAGAAGCUGAAAUUUGGACGCUGUGUCGAAUUUUCAAGCGAAAUGUGUCGCAUAGGAAGUACACGGCAGAAUGGAGAGAAGUAAGUGCUAAGAAACAUCCAAUAAUUUCCUCGGAUGAUCCCAUCAAAUAUGAAAAUGAUGAUGAUCAGGAGAUUAAGGGUAUUGAUGGAAGGACGCAGUUGCAUGCAGGGCAGCCGAGCUGGACGCUACCACAACCUCCAAUAUUAUCUUCAACCAUUAAUCCAAUAACUCCAAGAGCCGAUGCGAAUGAUCAUGAUGAAGACUUGUUUGCAUUAGAGAAUUGGGAUGAUGAGCUUAGAUCUGUUUCACCACCAUCCUCCUCGCCUCCUAUCUCUGUUGCCGCUCCUACCACUCCCCCAGUACCCCCAACAGCAACCACACACCUCGACGCCUGGCCGAAGCUGAACGGCUCGUGCCCGGUUUCUAGGAACUUGCCGCUGCCAACCCCGCUGUCCACGCCGCUCUCGGAGGUCGUUUCACUCUCGAAGUACGCUGCAGAUCGGAGGCGGAGGAGAAGCAGAGAAGAAAACCAAAUCAGGAAACAGAGUAAGCAAGAACUUCCCUUUGCGGACCCUCCGACCAAGCCUUGGCAACUGGUUUUAGAGGAGCCAUGUGAUACUCAGAUGCUUGGGAUGCAAGAUGGUCUACGAACUCCUGGGGUGAGUAGCCAAAGGCUGUCUGUUGGGAUGACACCGAAAACACUGAGGUUGCCUAUGCCUGGUGAGAUGCUUUUAUCUGUCCAUGGCUCACACCUUGGUGUCUACAAGGAAGAUAACAUGGAAGCCAUAAAUGGUAUGAAGAGUAUUUAUAUCUGCUCUUAUUCAUUAUCUCAUCACUGCAUCGAGGGGACAUGCUUGCUAUAUCAUCAAGAAAUUUGA